AUGGCGACACCAACGCCAGAAUCCGAGACGCCAGAGCUCCAACAUGGGCUCGAGGUGGUCGCUCAGUUCACCUAUCCUACCGACACACAUCUCCAGUACAGCUCGCCGCAGCCGAAUUCGCAAUAUGGCAGCCCAACGCCGGGAUUGUCUCCGUAUUACACAGGCCCGGGAGAGUCGGCAUAUCCCGACCCUGCGCAGAUGGUACGUAGAAAUUUCUCUGGGGGAGCUGUUUUCGAGGUCGGCGAACGCAAUCAUGCGAUUGGCUCUCAGAAUAGGGGUAGAGUUACUGCCUCCGGUCCUCCUGGCUUCGCAAUGGCCCCAUCUCCUUAUUACGCCAUGCCUAUUCCAGACGACGCAGUAUAUGCUAAUGUGUUUCGUCAGAACUCCCAUCAGUACACCAGCACGCCCGGUACCACUCCGUCAAGCCCACACAACUCCUUGACGACAUCAAGGACUACGCGGUCCGGCCGCGCUAUCGCUUCCGACCCCCUCCGACCACAGCCUGCCGGCGUCCAGAAGGCCUCGUCCAGCAAGCCGGCGGGCAAGGCGGCACCGAAACCGCGGAAAAAGAAGAAGGCAAACGGCAAAGUGUCGGAGCCGAGCGUGACGCGGCCGCUGACGGAGCUCCUAGCGUAUCUGAAAGGCAAGGUCGCCGAGACGGACAUCGCGGCGUACGUGGGCCGGUCCAUCGAGGUGCGGCGCAAGGAGGUGGCGGACGACAAGAACCACAAGAUCAAGCGACCGAUGAACGCUUUCAUGCUGUACCGCAAGGCGUGGCAGAACCGGAUCAAGGCGUGGCAGACCAACGACAACCACCAAGGCGUGUCCAAGGUGGCGGGCGACGGGUGGCCGCUCGAGUCGGAUGAGCUGCGCCAGCAGUACACCGACUGGGCCACCCAGGAGCGCGACAUGCACUCCAAGGCCUUCCCGGACUACAAGUUCAUGCCGGCCAAGACCCGCAAGGGCCGCCCCAAGCCGCCCGUCUACAGCGAGGACGGUGACGACUCGGAGCUCGAGGACAACUGGUCCGGCAUUCCCGCCGGCACCCAGCGCGCCUACUCGGCCUUCGAGGACCCGAACGACCCGGACUACCUGCCGCCCGGUCGCGCCUACACGCCCCAUCACCACUACCAGUCCGUCUCGCGUGCCAUGUCACAGUCGCCGUACCAGCACUCGCCGCCGCCGCCACAGCAUCUUCAUCCGCAUCAGCUGCCGCAACAGCAGCAUAUGCCCAAUAUGUCGCACUACGCGUACGCGAACCCGGGCAAGCCCCUGCCGCGGCCGUAUCCGGGAUUGGAGCAGGGCCACUACGCCUCGCAGCGGGUCGACGUGUCGCAGUACUCGAUCCCGGCGCCGCGCGGCAACGCCUACACCGUGGGCCCGCCGCCGCUGUCGCACACGGAGAACGUCUACUACCACGAGACGUCGACGCCGUCGUCACAUCACCAUUAUGCGCCGGUGCCGGGGCAGCAGCAACACAACAUGUCGCUGCCGGGGUCGCACUACGGCUCGCCCGCCAACGAGCCCCUGUACGAUCUGUCGCCAACGCCGCCGCCGCCGCAACAUCACCAGCAACAACGACACAUGCCGGUACAUCAGCAGCAGCAGCAGCACUACCAGAUGGCACCCCCACCUUCGUAUCCGCAGCAGCAGCUCCUCCAGCAGCCGUCGUAUAGCACGCAGGGGUUCGGCCCGGUGGACGAGCCGUUUGACCUCAGCGGCAACGGCGGGGCCGACAACUUCGACUCGGCGCUGCAGGCGCUGGAUGGCGGGUACGGGGACCCGAGCGGGGGGUACGACCAGUUCCUCACGGCCGAGGACACGCUCGUCGAUGGCUUCAACACCCACUUCGAGGACAACCUGCUGGACCCCAGUCUGCUGGAGCCGGACACGACAAACGCCGGCGGCGCCGGCCAGCCGGGGGUUCCCGGCGCUAGCGACGAGUCGUGGGAGGUGUUGGACGUAGCCGGUGACGCGAGCGUCGACAGCCUCUUAGGCACGGCGACGACGGCAUCGGCGGCCGAGAACCAGACCCCCGAGGCCGCAUAG